UCCUUUUUCUACUUCUCCUUCGCUUUACCGGUUCUUCAGAACCGUGGUAUGCCCCCGCCUAUGGACCGCGCAAGACUCGUCCUCAACAAUGCAACCAGCGCCAAAGGAGAGGUCCGUGAGUGCACACGAGUGGGAUGGUAAUAAGGGUAUCGUUGAAGACUUUCAAAGUUGCGGUUAUAAACGAAUACUAACGCAAUUGGAAAAGGAGAAGGAGGAAAAGGUUUGUUCUUCGAUGGAUUCUAACUGUGGUUAAUUGUGCAUCCACAUUCCAUGACUAUAAAAUGAAUUGACUGUCAUUGGCUACAUCCAGAAGAUUUACGACUAAUUAACUUGCCCAUAUGAAGAUGCAAUUUUAGUUAAGUAUAUUGGCGGGAAUAAAAUUCGUCAAUUCAUUUAUUUCAGUGUCAAGUCAAAAUUAGACAUGAUUUAAAUUCAUAAAUUGCCGUUUUAAAAUCCCAUAAAUUGUUAGUGAAAAUGUAUUAAAAGUAUUUAUUUGUAUUUAACAAAAUUAACAAUGUCGACCGAAACAUAUCGAAAGUGGUGGAUACUCUCCAAAAAGCAAUUGGAGUGUCUCCAAGAAUACGAUGAUUUCAUGAAAAAAAAUACCAAAAAAGAAAAAUCACGAGUUAAAGCUAACCAUAUCGUUUCUGGGUUAUACACUAAAUACUGUAUGUUAGUAAAAAACAUCGAUAUAUGCUUAGAUCAAACCAUUCAGCCCCAAAAACGAGUUACAAUCCGAAAACUAGUGGAUUCAGCUACCACCAGAUUAAUUGAAAUCAAUAAUCUUUUAAGAGAUAUCGAUAUUUCCGAAAUUCAUUAUUGUGAUGGUAAUCUGAUAGAACAAAAGCUCAUCCCUAAUAGUAUCGAAUUCCUCAAUCCAACCUUAUUUUUUCCCAGACCCAUAGAAAUCGAAGAUAUGUGGCAGAGAAUACAAAAAGGUGAAAGAAUUUUUAUUCCAUCCCCAACAUUAUCACCAAGUGCUUCAAAAACUGCAGAGGAAACGGAAGGUGAAAAAACAGAAGGAGAAAAGAAAGAAGGUGAGAAAACAGAAGGAGAAAAGAAAGAAAGUGAAAAGAAAGAAGGUGAAGCGGCAGAUGAAAAAAAGGUGGAGGCUCAAGAUGAUAGUAAAAGUAAAGAAGCAGCGAAAGAAGAAAAGAAAAAGAGGAAAGCAUCUGCUAAGAAAUUAGUCACUGAGAAAAAGGAAUUAUCCCUUGAAGAAAUCGAAGCUGCGAGGCAACAAGAAAUACUACUCAAUGCAAUACUAUUAAUACAAACGUCCGAAAGAGGACGUCAAGCUCGUUUAUAUUGUACGGACAUAUUAGGCGCAAGAGGUCCCGACCCCAAUGACCCUUCACGCGCAAAAAAGCCAGAAGUAGAAGUGACCGCCGAAGAUCUCGAUAAUGCAGCAAUAGGAUUUCAAAAAUUAUAUCGAGGUUACAUGGCAAGAAAAGAACAAAAACAAAGAGAAUUAAAAAGAAGAUACUUAAUCGGAAUGUAUGAGCCAAGCUGGAAAAGCACAGAAGAAUUCGAUAAAUUAAGAAUAAACGCUGAAAUUCGCCGUCAAAUAGUAAGCCAGAAAUUCAAAGAAUACGUCGAUUCAAUGGAUAAAGAGAAAGAGCGAAUAAUGCGAGUUGUAGCUCCCGGUUUAAUGGAAGAUAUUAGCGAUGAAAUAAGAGAGUGGUUCCACGAAUGGUACACGGAAAUACAAUGUUUCGAUAAAAUACCCCCAACCGCUAAAGGAGGAACCGUUCUUGUUGUGAGAUGCGAAACGUUCACACCUAAGGAGUAUUUGGCAGAUUUAGAAAGAAAAAAGGCUGAAAAGGAAAAGGGAAAAGAUGAUAAAGCGGCUAAGGAAAAGGCGGCAAAAGAAAAGAAAAAGAAAAAAGAGGAAGAAAAGAAGAAAAAAGAGGCUGAAAAGAAAAAGAAGGCGGAUGCGAAAAAGGCGAAAGAAGCGGGAGAGUGGGAAUUCGAAUUUCCAAAAGAUGAAGAUGAACCCCCGGCAAUGAAGCUGCUGAUAGACUCUAUUCAAGAAUACAUAACUCUUUGGCGUGAAAAAAAAAUGAUCGAUAAUCCGCUAGAUGAAAUCUAUAUGGAUUUAAUUCUUGAUCAGGUGUGUUACGAAAUGCAAUUGGAGGUGAGACAAAAUGUGGAUCAGCUGAUGAAAUUGGAGUUGAGGAUGUUAAACGAAGCACUAGUUGCUGACUUGAAAAAAGCAGGCAAAAAAAAUGCAAAGAUGCCCAAGGAGAAGAAAGAAAAAGUGAAAAAACCGAAAGUCGAUAAAAAGGAUUUAACUAGAAAUCGGCGAACUGAAGACAUUUUCCAAGAACUUAUCGAUAACGAAAUAAUAAGGAAGUAUCCUAAAGUCCAUCUUGAUGAAUUUUUAGGGGAUUUCAGUUAUUCUAAUUGGGAUAAAAGAGAGGAAGAGUGCGACACUUUCCCUUGUUUGGGUGAUAUUCGACAUCAAGUUGCGAUAAAUUGUAUUUUGCCAUUGGGGGUGGGAACUAUGAUUAAACCUAAAUCUGUUCUUAUUGCUGGACCUAAGCAAUCUGGGAAACAUCUACUUGCUAAUGCUAUUUUUACAGAAACAAAAGCUGUGUUAUUUGAUCUUACACCUGCCAAUCUAGUAGGAAAAUAUGAUGGACCUGUUGGACAGAAAAUGUUGCUACACCUAAUAAAUAAAAUGAGCCGUUUGUUACAACCGUCGAUUAUAUAUUUUGAUGGGGGUGAAAAACCGUUUUACAAGAAGGUUCCCAAAGAAGAAAAUGAUCAGAAUCCUAAGAGAUUUGGCAGUUCACUUUUAAAAAACAUUAUUAAACCCAUUAUGCCUAAGGACAGAGUCUUGGUUUUAGCCAUUACAAAUCAGCCGUGGGCAGCCAAACCGAGUGGACUGAAAAAGGCUUUCGAAAGGGUAAUAUUGGUCCCUCGUACCGAUUACGGUUCAGCGUAUAUAUUCUGGAAGCAUUACUUAAUGAGGCAUCAUGGUGUUCAUAGAACUUUUGACCUGUCCUGCUUAGCCAAGCUAUCGGUUAAUUAUCCCGCGAGCGUUAUCAAAGAAGUGGUCGAUACCGUAAUGACCCCAAGAAGAAUCAUCGCACUGAGCUAUCUACCUUUACAAGAAAUAGAACUUUAUGAUGUAUUGAUUCAAAAUCCAAACGGACCUAUAAACGAUAAAGAUUAUGCCAAGUUAAUGAAAUGGUAUAAUAAGGUGCCAAUUAGGGUAGCUAGGGCCAACUAUCAGAUAGAUAUCGAUGACGCUAAAGCAGCCCUAGCUGAGCAAGCUGAAAAAGCAGCCCAAAAGAAAAAAUAAUCGUUAAAAAUGUUUCUUUUUGUUUUUUUAUGUUAUGUAUAGUGUU